AUGAACCGAGUGGGCGGGUCGCUCGCGGCGUCGGUGGCGAGGCAUAUUCGCUCGCCGGUGCGUGUGGCGUGCGCUGUGCCGAGGCGUCCGUAUACCAUGUCGGAGCUGCCGCCACGCCCGGGGGCGGGUGUAUCGGGCGUAGGACUCACGCAGCUCUCGCCCAACAUCCUGCUGCGGUGCACGAUUCUGGACUCGAAGGGCUCGAUCAAGACGAUUUCGGGCCUGUUUAAAAAGUCGGAGCUGUGUUCGCAUCACGGGCUCCAGCCGCGGGAUCUUCGAAAGAUUGAUUCACGCGUGCCCAACUUGGUGCCGACGAUCUUGGCGCGCCGGACGGGCAUCCUGGUGAAUAUUCUGCACAUCCGCGCGAUGGUCAAGUCGGAUGCGGUGCUGUUGUUUGAGAGCUAUCAUACGAGCAAUCCGCGGCUUCACUCCGCCUUUGUGUACAAUUUGGAGCACAAUCUGCGGCAAAAUGCGUCGUCGCUGCCGUACGAGUUCCGUGCGCUGGAAUCGAUCCUUGCGUCGGUGCUGGAUGCGCUGCGCUCUGAGCUCAGCUGGCUGAGGAUCGUGGUGGACGACCUGCUUGAGGCGCUGGAAGACGACAUUGACCGAGAGAAACUGCGCAUGCUGCUGCAAAUCUCGCGCAAACUGAACGGCUUUCUCAGUCGAUCGCGCGGUGUCAAAGUGGCCGUGACAGAAGUGCUCGAGAAUGACGAGGACAUGGCGCUCAUGUAUCUGACCGAUGCCCAAAAGGGCGUCCUCAAGACGGAGAAGAGCAAUUUGGAGGAUCUCGAGCUGCUGCUCGAGAGUUUCGAGAAGCAGGUGGAAGAGGUCAUUUCGGAGAUUGACCAGAUCUGUGCGAACGUGAACAAUACGCAGGAGAUCGUCGAGCUGAUCCUCGACAGCAACCGCAACCGGCUCCUCACGCUGGACCUCGGCACGAGUAUCGUGACGCUCGGCGUGUCGGCCGCGACGCUCUUUGUCGGCCUGUUCGGUAUGAACUUGACCUCGCAUCUCGAGGAGCACCCACAUGCCUUUUACCUAAUGAGUGGCGUUGCCUACGUGAUGGCGCUCCUCGUGUCGGUCGCAGGGCUGCGUCGGCUCGCGCGCUUGCGGCGCAUCGGCCUGUCGGUCGGCGGCAGUAGCACCGCGGCGUUCGGCGCUCAGUCGCCGCGCAAGCCAGACGCCCACCUCGUGUCACACGCCCGUGCGUGGUGGUGGCGUGAGAAUCAGUUCCGCGCGAUGCAGCGCAAACAGAGCCAGCACCAUGCGCACGAGCACCUGCGGUCGAUGGACUAUGCCAUGCCGCCCAGCGACCCGCUAGACCCGGCUGAGCUGAAUGCGGGGCCGUCGCCCCACGACACGAACAAGAACGGAUCAUGA